GGAGAAGGUAUGUCAAGUAAACGUGACGAAAAUGAAUUUGGAGGAAAGGUGCAUCGCUGUAAAAAGAUUUUCAGCCAAAGAAAUGAACCUGCUUACUACUUGAGAUCACAUCGAAUAGGGAACAGAUGUUUCUGCUGUCAGAAAGAACUUAAAUGUGAUGCUCAAAGUCAUAUGAAAGGAAGGCCAAAUGAAUGUUCAUUUUCUUACGAGAAAUUUUCUGCGAAAAACCGUCUGUCUCGCCAUCUAUCAAAAAACAGAGAAAAAAAUCCACCUAAAUGUUCAUGUGAGAGUGGAUUUUCUCAGAAGAGAUUUUCAACAAAACAUAAUCAAAGACACAUCAGAGAGGAGUCAUAUAAAUGCUCAUGUGAGAAAGGGUUUUCUAAUAAGAAAUAUCUGACUCAGCAUAUCAGAACGCACACAGGAAAAAAGCUGUAUGAAUGUUCAUUAUGUAAGAAAACAUUUGCUCAAAAGAAUAGUCUGACCAAUCAUAUCAAAACACACAAUGUAGAAAAACCAUUCAAAUGUUCAAUAUGUACAAAAAGAUUUUCUUGGAAGCUUUCUCUGACCCUUCAUCUCAGAACACACACAGGUGAAAAGUCAUUUGAAUGUUCACACUGUGAAAAAAGGUUUGCUCGAAAGAGUUCGCUGAAACUCCAUCUCAGAACACACACAGGAGAAAAGCCAUUUAAAUGUUCACACUGUGAGAAAAGGUUUGCUCAAAAAGGUAGUCUGAAACUCCAUCUCAGAACACACACAGGAGAAAAGCCAUAUGAAUGUUCAUAGUGUAUGAAGAGAUUUUCUCUUAAAUCCUCCCUGACAGAUCAUCUGCGAAUACACACGGGGGAAAGGCCUUACGAAUGUUCACACUGCAACAAGAGAUUUACACAGAGGAAACAACUAACUUUUCACCUUAGAACACACACAAAGGAAAAACCAUACAAAUGUUCAAUAUGUAUGAAAAGAUUUUCUUGGAAGCUUUCUCUGACCUUUCAUCUCAGAACACACACAGGAGAAAGGCCAUUUCAAUGUUCACACUGUGAGAAAAGGUUUGCUCAAAAGAGUAGUCUGAAACCCCAUCUUAGGACGCACACAGGAGAAAAGCCAUUUGAGUGUUCACAUUGUAAGAAAGCAUUUUCCCUAAAAUGUAAUCUUAACCGUCAUGUUAAAACCCACACAAGGAAAAAAACGGCAUGAAUGUCAGUACUGUGACAAGGAUUCUUCUGAUAGACAUUGUCUCAUAAGGCAUCUGAAAAAACAUGCAGGAGAAAAGCCAUGUCAAUAACCAUUCUGUAUAUAUCAAGAUUUUAUCGAUAUCUGUCUAGUCCUAUGCAAACAUUAAUUCAUUUGAAUGUCAACUCUGUAUGAAUUGAUUUUUAUGUGUUUGUAAAUAUAUUUAAAUCAUUUUUAAGUGUGCAAAUUACCCCCCCCCC